GAGGGAGAGAGAGAGAGAGAGAGAGAGAGAGAGAGAGAGAGAGAGAGAGAGAGAGAUGCUUAGAGCAAUGCCUGCACCAAAGAUAACACAAAGGAAAAAGACCUAGAAGAAAUGAAGAUGCUUAUGCGCUCAGAUCAGCUGAGGAAAUGAACAGAAAGCCUGAGAAGUGUGUGCAGAACUCCAGAGCAUGAUGUCCUCUCCUGGAAUGGGCACGCCCAGCGACCCUCUCCUAACCAGCCCAGGGAGAGAUGGCUUCGGGGCGGCCCAAGGUGACACAUGGAGACCGACUCUUCCCAAAACCUGCAGCUUCCCGAUGUCCACCACACGUCACCUCAGCCAUCGGGCCAACAGCUUCCAGAGGCAUCCGAAACGGCGGAAGCUCAUCCGCCCGUCUCCACCCCCUCCGCCCAACACACCUUGCCCUCUGGAGCAGCUGGACUUCAGCGAUCUGCCUCCACGACGCACUUUUUCUGAGCUCCUCUUCAACGGUUGCAUCCUAUUCGGCAUCGAGUUCAGCUACGCCAUGGAGACGGCCUACGUUACCCCUUUGCUCCUUCAGAUGGGUCUGCCAGAUCAGUUCUACAGCCUUGUCUGGUUUAUCAGCCCCAUAUUAGGGUUCCUGCUUCAGCCGAUCCUCGGAGCGUGGAGUGACCGGUGUACGUCACGUUUUGGCCGCCGGAGACCUUUUAUCUUUGCUUUGUCCAUCGGUGCUCUACUCGGCCUGACGCUGGUGCUAAAUGGGCGGGACAUUGGAUCCGCGCUGGCAGACACUGCUGUCAUUCACAAGUGGGGCAUUGUGCUGACCGUGUGCGGAGUGGUUCUGAUGGACUUCAGUGCUGACUCGGCGGAUAAUCCCAGUCACGCCUACAUGAUGGACGUGUGCAGUCCGGAGGACCAAGACAGAGGCCUCAACAUCCAUGCACUCUUGGCAGGUCUGGGUGGUGGUUUCGGCUACAUCGUGGGUGGGGUGAACUGGGACCACACCGCGUUCGGCAAGUCAAUGGGAGGUCAGCUCCGAGUCAUCUACCUGUUCACCAGCAUUACCCUUGUAAUCGCUACAGCUCUCACACUCACUAGCAUCCCAGAGCGUCCUCUCCUGCCAUCUCAAAAAAGGAGUACGAAACAUUUGAAGAGCCCCGUCCUGGCUCUACCACCGUCUCCUCCUCCAGCUGCUGGGGCCCUGCAGGAAGAGGAAGAGGAGGAGGACGGUCUGUUUGGCUACCAGUUCUCUGGCCGUAGGUAUCCGGAUAGUUUGGGACACUCGUGUAGUGCCAACGCGAGGCUCUGUGCAGGUCUCACCAGCCCCAUUUCCCCUCUCAGCCCACUGACACCCAAAUACGGCAGCUUUAUCAGCCGGGAAAACACUCUGACGGACAUUAACGAGUUUGCAUCGUCCUUGGGGACAUCGUACAUAGAUAGCGUGCUGAUUGACUGUUACACUGGACAACAAAUGCCCCAACCGUUAAAACCCGAGACCAUGACUCCAUGCCUUCCUAUGGGAGAAACUCCUCCCGCUCAGGUGUCACAGCUGGCUGUGGCACCGUCUCCAGCUGCCAACUCUCAGGAAAGGGAAUUAUCUCAACCGAAUGGAGAGCUGCAGGAAGCGGAAAGAUUAGGGGCUACUGAAGUUCAAGCCAGUGAAUGUUUGGAGUUGAAUGAAGCCUCUGAGCUCAGCGAGCCUCUGCAGGAUGGUGGCGGAUUAAAACUAGGAAGCAGCGCCUCAGGGAUCCUAAAACGCCCCCAGAGCCUGGCCUUGCUGGAUGAGCCGCUGACUGGCCCCAGCAACGGCUUGGAGAAUGGGCGGAGACGCACUGUUACCUUCAGCCAACAGGUUGCAAACAUUCUCCUAAAUGGGGUACAGUAUGACAGCAAGCUCAGUGACAACACAGAGGUAAUAGACACUCAGAUGUCUCUGAAGUUGCUCUGCAUCGCCAUCUACAGGAUGCCCCCGUCCCUGCGCAGCCUGUGCACCAACCACUUCCUGGGUUGGCUGUCCUUUGAGGGCAUGCUGCUCUUCUACACUGACUUCAUGGGCGAGGUGGUGUUUGGGGGCGACCCCAAAGCGCUGCCGGAUACCAAGGCGUACCAGCGCUACAACGCCGGGGUCAGCAUGGGCUGCUGGGGCAUGUGCAUCUAUGCCUUUAGUGCUGCUUUUUACUCAGCCAUCCUGGAGAAGCUGGAGGAACGCUUCUCUUUGCGCUCUCUGUAUUUCUUUGCCUACCUGGCGUUCGGCUUGGGCACGGGUCUGGCCACUCUCACCACCAACCUGUAUGUGGUGCUGUCUCUGUGCGUCACCUACGGGGUCAUGUUCUCCUCGCUCUGCACGCUGCCUUACUCGCUGCUAUGUGAAUAUUACCAGACCCCGCAGUUCUGCGGCUCCACAGAGGACGGCACCAGAAGAGGCAUGGGGGUGGACAUCUCCCUUCUCAGCUGCCAGUACUUCCUGGCCCAGAUCCUGGUCUCCGUGGCGAUGGGACCUCUGACCUCGCUGGUGGGCGGGGCUCAGGGUGUGAUGUACUUUGCGAGCCUCAUGUCAUUUGUGGGCUGCAUGUACUCCUCGCUGUGUGUGGUGUACCAGCUGCCACCUCCGGAGGGUGAGCGCUCGCAGAGUGAGAGCCAACCACUACUGGUGCACAUAUAAAUUCACAAAACACACACGCUCAUAGACGCCUGGAUCACAUACACACAUGCACAUGAAUUUUUUACGCAGCACCGAUCGCUCGUCAUGUCUUUUUUUUUUUUCACUAAAGGCAUGUUUGAUUCCCUUUUUAUACAUUAAGUGUGUUUACAUGCACAAUAAUCUGAUCUAAAUAUGAUUUUUUUGCAUUUGUGUUCAGAUUUCGGAAAAUUGGACUGCGAUUUUGUGUAUCAGAUCCUAUCGCGUUGUUCCGCAAGUACACACGCACUAUUCAUCUGAUCUGUGUGUGUACGUGUAACCGGGUUUCUUAUUUACGCCUGUAGAUCACAAAUACUAACCAAAGGGUGUGUUGCAGAUGAUUUUACAAAGAACAACUCUGAAUUAUGUGCAGCUGUGAAAUGUGUCCAAUAUACUCUAUGAGGACAAAAGUAUUGGGACACCUGACACCUCACCUCCAUGAGAACCUGACAUUCCCAACACCUGCACAAGAGUGGAAGAUAUUAUAACAUCAAACAGGGACCAAAUGUGGAACAGGAUGUUAAAACACAUUUUAUACUCAAGUGUCCACAUACUUUUGUCGAUAUAACAUGCACAAUUUGCUCAUUAUGAACUUCUCAGUCUUUGAAGGCAUUUGAUCUGAAAAGAUGUCAGUAGAUCAAAUGUAGUUAAUUUUUAAAGCCGCUUUCGAAACCACUGCAAAAUAAUCAUACGAAUAAAUGCCUAAAACAAA